GGGAAUUGAGUUUCAAUUUGCGUGAAAUGAAGGUGCAAGGAGGCGGACGACUGGAGAAUUCUGUUGCUCUGCGUCGUCGCAAUGACCGCUUUGACAGUUUCUACUUCGAACUGAAAAACCACAUCUUGCGCCAAGUCGUUCAGCGUCUUCGUCCGAACUCGAAAGCGUUUGAGAAGCCAGAACUCUCUCCUGCUGACGCUCAAGACGCGUUGAUCAAAGCACAGUCUGGUCCUCAAACUGCCGCAGACAAAGCUAGGACUCCUGCUUCGAACAAUGUCGCUGUGGCUCUGUCGGAUAAGUCACUCACCGUCGA